UCCAAGAUGAAUGACAGCCUGUUUGUCAGCUUGGACAGACUUUUGCUAGAAUUUGUUUUUCAGUAUGAGCAAGAUAUAAGAACUAAAGAAGAUAUGAUUCACCGAAUUAAUAAAAGCUUUGAUGAUAUUAAACAAAAUAAAGCAACUAUUUGUAAGAUACAGGAAACUAUACAUACAACAGAUGAGGAAAUUGGUUAUUACUGUAAACAUAGUAAGGAAAUCAAAGACAACUGUAGUAACUGGAAGCCAACAUGUGAUGUUUUUCAUAAACAUGAACACUAUAUGCAGGACCGAUUUACUAUUUAUCAAGAAACAAUUGAAAAAGACAAAAAAAUGUACCAUGGUUAUGUAUGUCAGUAUAAAGAUGUUUUGAAGCAAUACAAACUAAAAUACUCAGAAACACCUCUUUCACGUGAAUAUUACGAGAAGAAAAGAGAACAUGAAGAAAUUCAAAAGAGAGUUUUGGCAUGUACUGAACAACUAAAAAUGAAUGAAGCUAUUUUUAUGGAAUUUCUAGUGCCUGCUCCCUUUCCAUCACUUAUUAAAUGGACAUUACAUAUUGUUAAUUUGAGAUGUAAAACACAAGAUAUUCUUAGACAUGCCAACAAUUUUUCCAAAAUUUCAUGUGAGUUGAAGAAAGAAGUAGAUGAAGUGGAAAUAGAAAUUAAUUAUUUAAACCAGCAGAUUGGAAGACUUUAUGAAACUAAGAAUCUUUCAGAAACUCUGGAAGAAAAAACUAAAGAUACAGAAAAAAGAAAGGAAUUGAAAGAAAGAAUUUUUGAAAAAGAUGAACAGCAUGUAUUGAAUAAAACCUCUCAGAAAAGUCAAUUACUUCUUUCAAAUGAAUAUCAGAAAUUAGUCAGACCAAUAAAUGUUUUAUCUUCAGAACCAAGAGUUAUAGAUAAAAAAGAAGACAGUUUUGUGAAGCAGUCAAAGCUUCCCCAUGUUGACUUCAAACAAAAAGAAAACAGUGUACAGGUAUUUAAUGACUCUGCUAUGAAUAUCCAUUCAAAAUGUUCACAUGUCACGGCUAUUAAAAGUUCACAGAAUUUUAUGCAGUUCAGAUUGUCAACUCCACAGAAACAAUCAAAUUUCAGUCAAUGGUUUGAUAAAGGAGACACAGAUGCUGAGUGUGGAGAUAAAGGGACAACAGGACAAUUGAAAGAAUCAAAAUGUACUUCACAAGUUAUAUAUGAAGAACAUUUUGGGAAGCCAAUAGAUAAUAAUGAUGGAGUAGAAGAAGAGGCUGAGAAUUUUUCACGAACUCCUGAAAUUCCUUUAUUUUUAAGAACUCCUGAAGCUGUGAAAACACCUGAAUCUUUGGAGAAAUUACUGUUCCCUAAAACCCCUCCAUUUGAAAUAAACAGAAAUACAACACCUGAAGGUCAGAUACAAAAGGAAUCCCCUGGGACUUCUUUUCUUAUGAGUUAUACUUCUAGAUCACCUGGAUUGAAUUUAUUUGAUUCUUCUAUAUUUAAUUCAGAAAUCUCAUCAGAUAAGUUUAACGAACACUGUUCUGCAGGAAAUUUAAAUCCUCUCUCAUCACCACAAGAAGUUGGAAAUUUAUUUGGGAAACCAGAAGGAGAAGAUGCCUUUACAUUUUCUUUUCCAUCGGAUUCUUCAACUCAUACUUUUGGAGCUGGAAAAGAUGAUUUUAGUUUUCCAUUUUCAUUUGAACAGGAUCAAAACCCAACACCUUCUGUAAAAGGGUUUUCAUCUUCCUCACAAAGUACAACUCAAUUUACUUUUUUUUGAACUAAUUAAUAAUUUCUUGAAUUAUUUUACUGCUCUGUAAUCUUCUAGGGCAUAAAUUUGCAUUAUUAAAAUAUGAAGACUACCUUUUUGUUGAUUAAACAAUAAUAGGUUAUUUAGUUAUAUAAUUUGAUUAUACUACUUAAAUAUUGAAGGAAAGUACACCUAUGUCAUUUAAUUUUGUGGGGUUUUUUGUGGUAUUAGCUAUUAUCAUCAUUAUUUUGGUUUUAAUUUUGCAAGUCAUUUUCAGCAGCACUUUCAUUAAUCCUAGUAGAAUUGGAUGCUUUUUCCAUUAAUCUUUAUUGUAAAUAUUAAGUCUGCUUCUCCACAGAACUUAAGUUUCAUUAUGCUAGUGCUUUAGGUGCUUUGAUAAGAACAAGGACUCCAGGCCAUCAGAAGAACUUUGAGCAGUAACUGUACAGAAUUAAUGUUGAGGUGUACUUAGCUCUUUAGCUACUUAAAAAGCUUUUAAAAUUACUGUUUCACUUAUGCUUUACUAUCUCAAUAUAAAGACUAAUACCUUAACAAUAAUAUCAAAGAAUUUAUGUUGCUGAUAGUGCAAAUAUGUGUUUUCUUUUAAUAUAACAAGGGGUAAAAUUCUAAUUUUUAUCAGUUUUUCCAAUUUCUUUAGUAGAAGAAAAUGAAAUGUGUAACCACCAAUUUCUGAAAAUUGGAUUGUUGUCUUGAUGGUGACGCUGUUAAUGUAUUUUUUUUCCUAAAGCCUUUUUGAAGAACAUUUAAAAUUUUGUUUUCUGUGUUCAACAAAAAUAUAUUUUUUAUGCAGCAUUUACUUGUUUAUCAGUUAUGUAGCUUAAAUGAAGAUAUUUAAAAUUUUAUAAAAUUAUAUAAACAUUGCUCAAUAUCUUUGUAUUU